AUGAGGGUCCUCGGGGAGCUGGGCUCUCCCUGGCCCAUCCUUGCAAAGGAUCAGUGCUCCUCCACGGUCCUGGCAGAGGCGAGGAAGGCUGCCCAGGGUCUGCAAACUCCCCCUCUCCUCAGGAAGCUGCUGGUGGGGCACCCCGCUCUUGCUGGGAGUGGCCAGGUGAGCGUGUUCCACGUGCCCCGUGAGACAGUCCGCUCCGGGUCACUCACCUUCUUAGCGUGUUCACCGCUCCUGCCUCAGCUGCCCAGCCCCAGGCCCUGUGCUGACGACCCUGCAGCCCGAAGGAGGGCGGAGCAGGAGGACGCGGACCGCAUCCCUGCGCUGCGCAUUCCCGCGUCUUCCUCAGCGCCGCUGGGGCUUGGAGGCUGGGCUGCACGCCAUGAGACAGCAGAUGCAGCGGCUGCUUUGGAUACAGACACCCAGAAAACCGAACGUCAGAAGCAAACAGGAUAUCUGGUCAACAGGAGAACUUAUGAUACUCUCACAGAGCUACUUUUCACUUUUUCUUCAUUUUCCUGA